AAGCUGGAAUUCCCGCGUCCCAGCGUGGACUCCUAGUGGCCCAAAGUGUACCCCUCCGGCUCGCCCCUCUCCUCUGGCGUGGGCUUCACCAUGAGCAUCCCUGACUACAUGCAGUGUGCCGAGGACCACCAGACGCUGCUGGUGGUGGUGCAGCCCGUGGGCAUCGUGUCAGAGGAGAACUUCUUCAGGAUAUACCGCAGGAUCUCGUCCGUGAGCCAGGUCAGCGUGCGGGACUCGCAGCGUGUGCUCUACAUCCGCUACCGGCACCACUACCCGCCUGAGAACAAUGAAUGGGGUGACUUCCAGACGCACCGCAAGGUCGUGGGCCUCAUCACUGUCACCGACUGCUUGGCGGCCAAGGACUGGCCACAGACUUUCGAGAAGUUCCACGUGCAGAAGGAGCUGUACGGUGCCACGCUGUACGACUCGCGCUUGUUUGUCUUCGGGUUGCAGGGCGAGGCAGUGGAGCAGCCGCGGCCCGACGUGGCCUUCUACCCCAGCUACGAGGCUUGCGAGGGUGUGGAGAAGCACACGGAGGACUUCAUUGAGUCCCUCUUCAUUGUUCUCGAGUCCAAGCGCCUGGACAGGGCCACCGACAAGUCUGGGGACAAGAUCCCCCUUCUCUGUGUCCCGUUUGAGAAGAAGGACUUUGUGGGGCUCGACACAGACAGCAGACAUUACAAGAAGCGGUGCCAGGGCCGCAUGCGGAAGCACGUGGGCGACUUGUGCCUCCAGGCUGGGAUGCUGCAGGACUCGCUGGUGCACUACCACAUGGCCGUGGAGCUGCUGCGCUCCGUCAACGACUUCCUGUGGCUGGGAGCUGCGCUGGAAGGCCUGUGCUCGGCUUCUGUCAUCUCUCACUAUCCUGGCGGCACCGGCGGGAAGAGUGGAGCCCGCAGGCUCCCCAGCAGCUCCCUCUCGGCAGAAGCAGCCAACAGACACCGGCCAGGGGCACAGGAAGUUCUCAUUGACCCAGGUGCCCUCACCACCAACGGCAUCAACGCUGACACCAGCACCGAGAUUGGCCGGGCCAAGAAUUGCCUCAGCCCCGAAGACAUUAUCGACCGCUACAAAGAGGCCAUCUCCUACUACAGCAAGUACAAGAAUGCCGGGGUGAUCGAGCUGGAGGCGUGCGUCAAGGCCGUGCGCGUCCUCGCCAUCCAGAAGCGGAGCAUGGAGGCCUCAGAGUUCCUACAGAACGCCGUCUACAUCAACCUGCGCCAGCUCUCAGAGGAGGAGAAGAUCCAGCGGUACAGCAUCCUGUCGGAGCUCUACGAGCUCAUUGGCUUCCACCGCAAGUCGGCCUUCUUCAAGCGCGUGGCCGCCAUGCAGUGCGUGGCCCCCAGCAUCACCGAGCCUGGCUGGAGGGCUUGCUACAAGCUCCUGCUGGAGACUCUGCCCGGCUACAGCCUGUCAUUGGAUCCCAACGACUUCAACAGAGGCACGCACAGGGGCUGGGCUGCCGUGCAGAUGCGCUUGCUGCAUGAGCUUGUCUACGCCUCCCGGAGGAUGGGGAACCCGGCUCUCUCCGUGAGGCACCUGUCCUUCCUCCUGCAAACCAUGCUGGACUUCCUGUCUGAUCAAGAGAAGAAAGACGUGACCCAAAGCCUGGAGAACUACACGGCCAAGUGUCCUGGGACCAUGGAGCCCAUCACCUUGCCCGACGGCCUCACGCUGCCCCCCGUGCCCUUCACCAAGCUGCCCAUCGUCAGGCGCGUGAAGCUGCUGAACUUGCCUGCCAGCCUGCGGCCCCAGAAGAUGAAGAGCUUGCUGGGUCAGAACGUGUCGGCCAGGAGUCCCUUCAUCUACUCGCCCAUCAUCGCUCACAACCGCGGAGAAGAGCGUGGCAACAAGAUAGAUUUCCAGUGGGUGCAAGGAGACGUGUGUGAAGUUCAGCUGAUGGUUUACAACCCCAUGCCAUUUGAGCUUCGGGUCGAGAAUAUGGGCCUGCUCACCAGCGGUGUGGAGUUUGAGUCACUGCCUGCUGCGCUGUCCCUUCCCGCUGAGUCCGGCCUAUACCCAGUGACACUUGUCGGAGUCCCACGCACGACUGGAACGAUUACGGUGAAUGGUUACCACACCACCGUCUUCGGCGUUGUCAGCAACUGCUUGCUGGACCACCUGCCAGCCAUAAAGACCAGUGGCUCUACUGUGGAAGUCAUCCCCGCCCUGCCCAGGCUGCAGAUCAGCACCUCCCUGCCCAGAUCCGCGCAUGCACUGCAGCCCUCGUCUGGGGACGAAAUCUCCACCAACGUGUCUGUGCAGCUGUUCAACGGGGAGAGCCAGCAGCUCGUGGUCACCUUGGAGAAUGUUGGCCUGGAGCCCCUGGAGAAGCUGGAGGUCAGCUCCAAGCUGCUACCCACCAAGGAGAAGUUGUAUGGUGACUUCCUGAGCUGGAAGCUGGAAGAAACCCUGGCCCAAUUCCCGCUGCAGCCUGGGCAGGCGGCCACCUUCACCGUCAUGGUCAAAGUGAGCCUGGACUUCUCCUGCCAGGAGAGUCUCCUGCAGGACCUGAGUGACGAUGGGAUCAGCGUGAGCGGCUUCCCCCUGUCCAGUCCUUUCCGACAGGUCGUGCGUCCUCGUGCGGAGGGCAAGCCUGCAAACCCUGCCGAGGGUGGCCGGAGCGGCGAGCCCGGCCAGGGGAAGACCCUGGCGGCCAUCCUGAUUUUCAAGUACUCUGGUGGCCCAGGCCACGUGGAAGGGUACUACCGGAACCUCGCGCUGGGGCUGCACGUGCAAGUGGAACCAUCUGUCUUCUUUACCCGUGUCAGCACCCUCCCAGCCACCAGUACUCGGCAGUGCCACCUGCUCUUGGACGUCCUCAAUGCCACAGAGCAAGAGCUGUCAGUAAGUGCCAGGAGCGACGAGGAGCUGGUCCUGCGUGCCGGCGAGUGCCAGCGAAUGGCUAUCCAAGUGGAAAAGUUCAGCUUCGAGAGCGUCCCCGAGUCCCCUGGCGAGAAGGGGCAGUUUGCAAACCCCAAGCAGCUGGCGGAGGAGCGGCAGGAAGCCCAGGGCCUGGAGAUCAGCAGCAAGCUGGACAUUCGCUGGGCGAUCCCCUCCCUGAAGCGCAGCGGCGAGGCGAGCGUGGAGGGCGUCCUGAGCCAGCUGGUCCUGGAGCAGCUGCAGCUGGCACCUCUGCAGUGGGACGUGCUGGUGGACGGACAACUGUGCGACUCGGAGGCAGCGGCCUGCCAAGUGGGCGACCCCGUACGUCUGGAGGUGCGGCUGACCAACCGGAGCCCGCACAGCGUGGGGCCGUUCGCGCUCACCGUGGUCCCGUUCCAGGACCACCAGAACGGCGUGCGCAACUACGACCUGCACAGCACCGUCUCCUUCGUGGGUUCCAGCACCUUCCACCUGGACGCGGUGCAGCCAUCGGGCCAGUCUGCCUGCCUCGGGGCGCUCCUCUUCCUCUACACGGGCGACUUCUUCCUGCACAUCCGCUUCCAGGAGGACAGCAAGAGCAAGGAGCUGCCGUCAUCCUGGUUUUGCCUGCCCAGUGUGCACGUGCGCGCCAUGGAGGCCCCGGCCUGAGCCGCCCUGCACCGCCCGCGGCCCCCUGCUGCAGUGACCAGGGUGUCCCUGAUGGCUCCCGGCUCCUCCUCUUGAUCCUCCUCCUCUUGGUCCUCCUCCCCCGACUCCCGCAGCCCGCAGCUUCUUCAGCCCCCCCACAGGCAGCCCCACCCUCCCCCCAAGCUGAUGCUGGGGUCCCACCCCUGUAGCAGAUGACUCCAGCUGCACCC